ACUCCUCACAGCUUUCGUGGUCUUACGCUCCCACUUUUACCGUUAUCUCGCUAUCCGCUCAUUUCAUUUUCGGAUCUUUGUUGGUGCGCACUGUAUUACAAAUUCCCGUGUUUUUUUAUCUAAUUAGAAGUGAUUAGUGGCCCGGCUUCCCCUAACGAACGCGUUAUUGUAGUGCGGUGUCGUUGUAAUCACCAGUCCGGUAUUCACAGACGGGUCUAUCACGUAAACACUUUGUCUCAGCCUGCCACCUAGGCACCAUGCGGUCAAUGUUUUAGCCAUAUGCCUUAUAAAUAUUUGGAUGUGUAAAGUGUUUUUAUAACUUAAAAGUUGACUGCAACCUUAAACUUUUGUUUUGUUUUUAGUUGAUUUAAGUAAUGAGUGUUUAGUGCUAUUUAAGUGAGAUUUGAUUAAACAAAUCUACAAAUUUAAGUGAAUAUUUUUUGAUGUGAUGUUUUGAAAAUCUACUACUAUAAUGGAUAAAAAACUAGAUUUAUUGUCACUAUUUGAGUGCGAUCCCUGGCAGGGGACGGAAGAUCUGGAGAAUAUUUUCUCUCUGGAUCAGAGUUCUUUGGACUUCCUGGAGAAUGCUUUGCCGGAUUUCAAUUUAACAACGGACAAUGCACAGCCAGAGGGACUUAGUAGUUCAUGUUCUGAUAGCGGGUUAUCAAGCGACCAUGCUGAGCUCGACUUCGAGCAGCAGUUGUCGCCGAACCUCAUCCAGAAUACUGAUUAUGAGGAUUUACCAACAACUAUUCUAGAGCCGCUGAGUCCUUGUAAUACGAGUGACGUCAUCAUCCAGGACAACCAGACAUUAGACAUGCUGGACUUCGAACAGAACGUUGUCCCUGGAUUCAUUAACACAACAUUCCAGAGCCCCGGUAAAGGCGGCAGAAAACGUCGUUUCUCAUCAACUCAAACAGUCGUUCAACCCAAGGUUCAGAAACAGACGAUAAAGUUGCCAGCGCCAGCGGGCAACAACAAACCGCAGCUGGUUGUGAAGGCGCAACCCCAGAAGCCAUUAAAAGUAACCAACAUCCAAGUCAUAAACCCUCAGACUAAGGUCUACUCUAAACCAGUGGAAAGUGUAGCGCCCCAACGUAGAGUGAUCCGCGUGGCUCCGAUGGCCGGAAACCCUAGAUCUAUACUACUACCCGUAACAUUCAAAGAUAUGAAAGAUUUGAAAUCGAUCAAAAUCAUAAAUGCAUCAGAUUUGAAGAACUCGCCCAAUAUAAAGUUAGCUGCGGCUAAUCUACUGUCGCAGAGCAAACUGCAAGAUCUCAAGAUUGAAACACGCGGUGAUGAUUACGAACACAACGCUAAAUACGACGACUCGGCCAGCGAUCACAGUGACGACGACGACGAGAAAGAGACGCAAAUAAAUGACGGUAGGAACGGAUAUCCCCGUCUCGUUCUAACGGCCGAAGAGCGCCGACUGCUGGCGAAGGAGGGCAUCCAGCUGCCGAACAGUUACCCACUAACGAAGCACGAGGAAAGGGAGCUGAAGAGGAUCAGACGCAAAAUACGCAACAAGAUAUCAGCACAGGAUUCAAGGAAAAGGAAGAAGGAAUACGUCGAUGGGCUCGAAGACAGGGUAAAACAAUGCACAGCCGAAAAUCAGACAUUGUUGAGACGGAUAAAGAUGCUGCAGUCGCAGAAUCAAUCUCUCAGUCAGCAACUGAAGAGGUUACAGAGCGUGUUGACCGGAGCGUCGUCAUCGGGUCGAGCUCAGCCGGCCACGUGUCUGCUGGUGUUGUUACUAUCCGUGGCGUUGGUAGCGCUGCCGUCCGUCCGGGACGAGGUCCGCCGUCGACCAGCCACCACCACCAGCAGCGCCGCCACCACACCACCCUCGCCGGCUAUCACACGAGCCCUGCUGUCCGCUACACACAAAAUGGUGUUCGAUGAGACGGUCAUAGAUGACGGGGAGUUCAAUAUGGACGAGCUGAUAACGUUCAACAAGGCGCACUCCGACCACGACUACCAGGUGGUGAAGAGCAGCGACAGACGGACGCACAACGGAUACAUCGACCUCCCGAUAGACGAGGACUGGCCGCCCAAGAAGAAGCGGAUGAAAAAGAUUGAGUUCGACUACGGCGACGGCAAGGAUUACAUACCGAUAGUCAAAGACGAGAACUACGAGAACAUACAGCAGACCGGCAGCGCUGUGGGCCACGACGUCCAGAUAGGUGACAACUACCUGACGAACACGCUGCUGUCCACUGGCCGGAAACUCGGCGAGCUCUUGGACAUAUUCCCUCCCAUACCCGUCAAGAACGAAGACAUACUGGUCGAGGAAGUAGCGGACUUCGACGAGAGGCACAACGUCACCGAAGUCAAAAGUUUCGUAGUAAAUGGGACCUUAAAUGAAUUUUAGUACGUUUGAGAUAUUCCUUACACUUUUAUCUAAGAGAUAUUUUAUUUUAUAUUAUUAUUUUUUAUAUACAAAAUGAACAUUUUAUUUUUAUUGUCAUAAUCAGAGCGAUCACUUCUACGUUUCUAUUUUCAUUGUAUAGUUUUUAGUUGCGAAUGGACUUGAAAUUAUGUUAUAAAUGUAUAAGAUAGUGUGAAUUUAAUAUUAAGCUAGGCUAAGUAUUAUUUCGUUAUUAAGAAUAUAAGAUGUGAAAUAAAAAUGAUAAUUCGUUGAUUUAUAUAUUUAUUUUAUGAAAACGAAAUUAAUAUAUUAAUGCAUCAUUAAAUUAAAUAUUACUCAUAUGGAAUGAGAUGAGAAGCAAGUUUUGGGAAUUAUUUUUAAAGCAUUUUUUUUUUUGUUAAUGACUUGGUGCAAUUAUCUUAAGUACUGAUCUUCAGUGUUAGGUGUAAGCGUUUCAUUGUAAUAUUAGUUUUUACUCCUUAAAUAAGAAUAUUUGUAUGGAAUCAUGCGAUCGUUAGAUUUGGAAGGAAAUUGUUAUACAAUAAAUGUGACAGUCAAUAAUGGGCUUUUUAUGACACUGUAUUGUGUUUAAUUAAAGUUAUCUUACCUUA